AUGGAUAAUGAUAAAGUGAAAUUCUCCGCGUUUUUGGCGCAAGCAGGAGCGACUUUGAUAAUUUCGACUCUCAUAGCUCUAACCGGAUGUAUUUAUGCCUGGCCAUCAUAUACUUAUGAGACAUUUAAAUCAAAUAACACGGUCUUGGAAGCUCCCAUGACAUCCACUCAGUUGUCUUUGUUUGGUAGCUUAACAAAUGUAGGAGCUUUGUUAGCGACACCUUUAUCUGGAUAUGCAGUUGAUAAAUUUGGAAGAAAAAUUUCGGCGAUGCUAUUUGGGUUACCUUACGUGGUCUCCUGGACACUUAUAGCUGUUACUAAAUCAAUUAAUUUAGUAUUAUUUGCUGUAUGCUUAUCUGGUUUCGGUGCUGGAGGGCAAGUAGUAUCUUCCGUGUACAUAUCAGAAAUAUCCCAUGACUCAAUACGAGGAGCAUUUACUUCGUCUGCAGUGUUCGGUUUUUUUUCUGGGCUACUAUUUUCUUAUGCUCUCGGUGGAUACUUAUCGUAUCAUAAUGUGAUAUAUGUACUUUUGGGGCUAUCUAUUGCUUACAUUUUAAUGUUGAUGAUGCUGAAGGAAUCCCCAGUGUUUUUGUUGAAGAUUGAUAAAGAAAAGGAAGCCGCUGAGUCGAUAGCCUUCUACCAACGGGUAGAAGUUACAUCUAAAGAAGUAGAAGUUGAAAUCAAGAAACUCAGGCUACAGUUGGAUCCUAGAAUAGAAAGAAUAUUACAAGAUGGUGGCACUGAUUCAAAAGAAUCAGUAGAGCUCUUAGACAAGCCUCAAACUUUUACUGCCAAUGCUGACGAAGUGCAGAAGAAGGAGACAGCGUGGCAAUUUUUAAGAAGAUCAGAAUCAUCCAAGAGGGCGCUGUUAUCAGUCCUCACUGUAAUGGCUCUAUCAAUUUUGAUGGGAUCCAUAGUAUUGCAAGUUUACGCUGAACCAUUGUUUAAAGAAGCUAUUCCUACGAUGAACCCUAAUACAUGUUCGAUUUUGCUAGCAGUGACUUAUUUGUUAGCGGGUCUAGUGUGUGCUUGUAUACUGGAUAAGUUUGGGAGAAAAUUUCUCAUGACAAUAACAUCGAUCGCAUCUGGUAUUUUCACAAUUCUCCUUGGCUCACAACUUCAAGUACAUUGGGCGCCGCAUUGGUUUACAGCUUUUGUUAUUUAUGGCUACAGUUUUGUUUACAAUUUGGGAGCCGCUGUUGUGCCUUUUGUACUCACUGCUGAAGUAUUCUUGCCUGAGGUAAGGGGUCUUUGCAACAGCUUCUACAUGGCUUGUAUGUGGGUCAUGAAUUUUGUGACCCUAAUUAUUUUCAACCCUUUAGUCGAAGUCUGCGGCUUAGGACCAACCUUUUAUAUAUUUUCUAUUGUUUGCUUCUUGGGAGCAUUCUAUAGUCACUUUUAUUUGCCAGAAACGAAAGGUCUACCGGCUGACGCAAUACAGCUUCUAUUCUUGAAGGAAAGAAAAAAUGUGCCAAAAGUA